AUGGCCAUGCGCUUCCUCGCCACCGCUGGCGUGCUGCUCUCGCCUCUCCUCGCGGCCGCCGCUCCAUCAGCAAAGCGUGGUCUCAUCUUCAUUCCUAACUCGACGACCCUGCAGGACAACUCCAUCUGGGUGAAGACGGGCUCCGACCUGACGUGGUACUACAACUAUGGCAACCUGCCCAGCUCCGACUACGCCUCCAUCCCACAGUCCAAGUUCGAGUUCGUGCCCAUGAUGUGGGGAGUUGGACCGAACCCUUCCCAGGACUUUGCUUUCCGAGACAGCGUUAUCAAUCUCAUCAAUAGCGGUACCAACAUUUCCCACGUCAUGAGCUUCAACGAGCCCGAUGCUCCGUCUUCGUGGGGUGGCAGCGAUGUGUUGCCGCACAACGCUGCUCUUGCUUGGAUCGCCAACUUCAUUCCCCUGCAACAACGUGGCAUCAAGAUCGGCGCACCUGCCACAACCGGGGCACCAUCAGGGCUAGAUUGGCUUCAUCAGUUCUUUGGAAACUGUACUCAGCUCAUUGGCAGGGAUUGCCCGUAUGAUUUUGUCUCGUUGCACUGGUAUGACAACUUUGAUGGGUUGAAGGCCCACAUUAGCGACUACACCGCAGCAUUCCCCGGCAAGAAGCUCUGGGUGACGGAAUACGCCUACGCCAACCAGCCCCUGGCCGCGACGCAGCAGUUCUUCAACACCAGCGCCAGCUACAUGGACGGCCUGAGCAACCUGGAGCGGUACAGCUACUUCGGCGCCUUCCGGUCCAACGUUAGCAAUGUCGGGCCCAAUGCGACGUUUUUGAACAAUGCGGGACUGCUGACGGACAUUGGAUCGCUGUAUCUGGGCGGUGGCCUGACUGGAGUGCUUCCAACGUCCAACUCGUAG